GCGGAUCCAACACAACCGUGAGAGUCCAGUCCAAAGUGGAUCCAACACAGCAGAUAGAGUCCCGUCCACAGUGGAGCCAGCAGGAAACCAUCACAAGCGGCGGCGGAUCAGCAGCGCAGGGAUGUCCCAACCAAUACACAGCUCAGUACUAGUGUUGGAGCCGUGAAGCCGCCCUCAUGGCCAGCUAGGCAGGAGGACUCGGACUCUGACCAUGAAUACUGUGGAUGGAGCAGGAGAAGCAGGCCCGGACGGCCUGGCGAGCGCAGUCUCCAGUAAAAUAGACUGUGUCCGAGCCGGAGAUGUCCUGACAGUGCUCAGAGAGAAAGUGGCCUUUGUGUCAGGCGGACGGGACAAACGAGGAGGGCCAAUCUUGACCUUCCCAGCGAGGACUAACCAUGAGCGAAUAAGACAGGAAGAUCUUAGUCGGCUGGUUACAUACCUGUCAACCAUACCCUGCGAGGAUGUUCGUGCACGAGGGUUUACAGUGGUGGUGGACAUGCGUGGCAGUAAGUGGGACAGUGUGAAGCCGGUGUUACGGACUUUGCAGGAGUCCUUUUCCUCUAACAUCCACACAGCACUGCUCAUCAAACCUGACACAUUCUGGCAAAAACACAAGACCAACCUGGGCAGUGCCAAGCUCAGCUUUGAGACCAGCCUUGUGUCUGUAGAAGGUCUGGCCCGGUUGGUGGACCCCUCUCAGUUGACGUCUGAUUUGGGGGGUUCAUUGGAGUAUGAUCAUGUGGAGUGGACCGAGUUGCGCCUGGGUCUGGAGGAGUUCUCUGGGGCUGCCAUCCAGCUGCUGGCCCAGUUGGACCAGCUGGAGGAUGGGCUGACUAACACACCAGAACCGCAGGAUGUUGACGAGGCCCGCAAAAUCCUUGACGAACACAAUCGUCUCCGGAACACUAUUGCUACAGCGCCAGUUGAUGCCCAUGACCGAGAAGGAAAGAGCUUGCUUCAGCGCAUGCAUCUCAGCCUCUCCCAAGGAGAUGGCUCGAGUGAAAGCGGGUUCGGGAGCACCGGCAGCUGGUUGUCAGGUGGGGCUGAUUUCCAAAAUGUGGCGCCAAAGGUUUUGUCUCUACUCGACCGGCUCCAGGCGGCGCGUAGUCAUCUGUUGCAGAGCUGGAGUGACAGAAAGCUUCACCUUGACCAAGCACUGCAGUUACAUCUGUUUGAGCAGGACGCCACAAAGAUGUCCGAGUGGAUCGCCCACAGUAAGGAGUUGUUCUUGCAGACUCUAGUGGAAGUAGGUCAAAACCACCAGCAUGCUGUCAACUUGCAAACCCAACACCAGCACUUCACCUCCAACGUGAUGAAUGGCAGCGUGAACGUGGACAGUGUUGUUACCGUAGCAGCCAGACUUGCUGAGGCUCAUCACUACGGGGCAGAGAGGAUUUCCAUGGUGUCUUCACGGCUCCAGGAAGACUGGAGGUCACUGACAGCAGCAUUGGAGGAGCGUAGUAACACAUUAUCCAUGGCGACUGGCUUCCACCAAGGGGCUGAACAGUUCCAUGCAAAAGUGGACGCGUGGCUUCAGACCUGUGCGGAGGCAUCGCUGCCCUCAGCAACAGCUGAACUGGAUGAAGCUGUGAAAAAACACCAGGAGCUGAAUGAGGAGAUUUCUGCCAACUACACCCAAGUCAGCGAGAGUGGGAAAGCCUUGCUGGAUGUCCUUAAUCGCUGCACGCUGAGCGACACCGAUGACAAGUCACCUCAACUCAACUUUGCUGCUACAACACAUGGCAUCAUGGGAGUUUUGCACCAGGUGAUGCAGGGCCAACAUGACGUGGAGAGUGCAUGGCAACACCGCAAGCUCCGCCUGCACCAACACCUUCAGCUGUGUGUGUUUCAACAGGACGUCAGACAGGUGUUGGACUGGGUGGAGCAGCAUGGCGAAGUUUUCCUCAACAAGCACGGUGGUGUUGGGAAAUCGCUGCAUCGAGCACGCGCACUUCAGAAACGACAUGACGACUUUCAGCAAGUUGCCCAGAACACUUAUACUAAUGCGGAGAAGCUUCUUGAAGCGGCCGACCAGCUGGCUCAGUCUGGGGAGUGCGAGGAGGAAGAAAUCUAUCAGGCGGCGCGAGACCUGGAGCUUCGCAUGCAGGCCUUCAUUCAGAAGGUGGAACAAAGAAAGACGCUGCUGGACUUGGCCGUGUCUUUCUACACACACACCAAAGAGCUGUCAUCUUGGAUGGAGGGGCUCCAAAAGCAGCUCUCAGCUGACCUCUGCCUUGGUUCUGAAUCAGUGGAGGCGCUGCAGACACUCAUGAACCAGCAACAGCAGCAGCAGACCAACACACAAGAAGCUGCCAUGAGUGUUAUUCGCGAAGGGGAAGACCUCAUCCUGCAAUUAAGGCCUCAUGGCAGCUCAGUGGCCCACGUGGAGUCCGUGCUGCAGCAGCUGGAAGAGUCCCACGUGCAGCUGGAGGAACUCUUCCAUCAACGGAAGAUUCGAUUAGAUGUUUACCUGCAGCUGCGCAUCCUGCAACAGUGCAUUCUAGAGGUUAACGGGGAGAUGGAUGCUUGGAAGCAGGAGCUCCAGAAACAAUCCCAGGACUUCACUGCUGAGAAACGUCUUUCUGAAACAAACCAGGACAAGCAAUCACGGCUAGCUGAAGCUAGCCCAGACGCGCUUACGUUAGCACAGCAGCGCAUUCACAGGCACAUGGAACGGAGGCUGGCUAUGAAUACCAUGACCUACGAGGUGGUCCAGCAAGGUCACGACCUUCAGCAGUACAUUACUGAGGUCCAGGCAACAGGGAUUGAGCUGUCGGAGGUGGAUGGUGCUCUCUCCUCCCAGGUGGAGGAGCUGCAGCACCUCAUGCAGGACAAACAGAAGGAAGUGCAGCAGAUUGCAGAUCACACACACACACAUCUAGAACAAAACCUGCAGCUGAAACACCUGCAGAACCAGGUCAAACAGGUUCUGGGGUGGAUCUCCGAGGGUGAGGUCAUGUUGUCAUCCUGCAUGUUGAACUCCAGCUGUUUGUCCGAAGCUGAACAGUUACAGAGGGAACAUGAACGUCUCCAACAGGCCAUAGAGGCUCUCCUCCACGCUGACUCCUUGCAGCGGACCCACCAGGUGGCGCUGGCGCUGCAGCAGAGGGCAGAGUUGCUUGUCAGAUCAGGCCACAAUGAUUCAGAUGCAGUUAGGUCAUGUGCACAGACGGUGGCGCUGCACUGGCAGAGACUGAUGCUGCGCAUCGAAGACCGACUCAAACUUGUCAAUGCUUCCGCCGCCUUUUACAGGACAUCGCAACAGGUGUGCGGCGUGCUGGAGAGUCUGGAACAGGAGUACCGCAGGGAGGACGACUGGUGUGGGGGCGGUGAUAGACCGCCUGAGCAUCUCCUGCCACUGCUCAACAAACACAUGGAGCAGAAAGAGGCCUUUCUCAAGGCCUGCACGCUUGCAAGACGCAAUGCAGAAGUUUUCCUCAAGUACAUCCACCGCAACAGUGUCACCAUGGCCAACAUCUCGGGUCAUAGUCUCACUGUGCCCGGGGUGACGGAGGCCACCGGGCACUCCCGGGUCCCGGAGCAACAGGUCAAAGGUAUUCUCAGUGAGCUACUUCAGAGGGAAAAUAGAGUUCUUCAUUUUUGGACAUUAAAGAAGCGACGACUUGACCAAUGCCAGCAGUAUGUCAUGUUUCAGAUCCACGCACAGCAGGCUUUGGAUUGGCUGCAGCAGUCCGGGGACCACUAUCUGGCAACACACACAUCGGCGGGGGCGACAGUGGCCGAGACGCAGGAGCUGUUGAAGCAGCACAGAGACUUUUGUGUUUCAGCCAAGCACACGCAAGAAAAAGUGCAUCUGCUGAUUCAACUGGCUGAGAGCAUGCUGGCUAAAGGCCACGCUCACCGCCUGGAGCUUCGCCGCUGUGUUUCCACUGUAGAUAAACGAUACCGGGACUUCACGGUCCGGAUGGGCCAGUAUCGCCAUGUGCUGGAGACGGCAUUAGGAGGGUGCUCACAGGACAAUAAAGACUUGGAGCUUGAGUUGAUUCCCAAUAGUUUGUCUGACUCUGACCCUGAGGUCAAUCUGUCGGACCCAAACCACCAGAUGAGUGACGAGAAGAGACGCUCGGCCCGCAAGAAAGAGUACAUCAUGGCGGAGCUGUUGCAGACUGAGAGAGUCUAUGUCCGAGACCUGCACCAAUGCAUAGAGACAUACCACUGGGAGAUGACGAGUGGCUCAGAGGACGUCCCAUCUGGUCUUUGCAACAAAGAUGACGUGGUGUUCGGGAACAUUCAGGAUAUCUACGAGUUCCAUAACAGUAUUUUCCUGAAGGAGCUGGAGAACUACGAGCAGCUUCCUGAAGAUGUGGGACAUUGUUUCGUCACUUGGGCUGACAAGUUUCACAUGUACGUGACCUACUGCAGGAACAAGCCAGACUCCAGCUUGCUGAUCCAGCUGCACGGCACUGGCUUCUUUGAGGAGGUCCAAAGGAGACAUGGGCUGGCCAACUCCAUCUCGUCAGCGCUCAUCAAGCCAGUUCAGAGAAUCACAAAGUACCAACUGCUGCUGAAGGAGUUGCUGGCUUGCUGCGAAGAAGGAAAAGGAGAGAUCAAGGAAGGCUUGGACGUGAUGCUGAGUGUUCCCAAAAGAGCCAACGAUGCUAUGCACGUUAGCAUGCUCGAAGGUCUGGAAGAAGGUCUGGAGGUGCAAGGUGAGCUUCUCUUGCAAGACUCCUUUCUUGUUUGGGAACCAAAGUCUCUAAUCAGGAAGGGGCGUGACCGACACCUCUUCUUGUUUGAGCUGUCACUCAUCUUCAGUAAGGAGAUGAAAGACUCAUCAGGACGAGCCAAGUACCUUUACAAGAGCCGCCUGAGGACAUCAGAACUUGGUGUAACAGAACACAUUGAAGGGGAUCCUUGUAAAUUUGCUCUUUGGUUCGGAAGGACGCCGACCUCCGAUAACAGGACGGUUCUGAAGGCACUGUCCUUGGAGCUCAAGCAAGAGUGGGUCCGCAGCAUUCGACAGGUCAUUCAGGAGAGGCGAGGUCACCUGCGGGGUGCACUGAGGGAGCCCAUUCCACUUCCCAAGACUCCCAACCUGACUCUCGGGCGACAACGCAGCAUCUCACGCAGAGAAACCAGCGAGGAUGACAGCCUGGGUGAUGCCAGCAGUCAGCCGGACACCGUCUCUAUCGCCUCCAGGACAUCACAAAAUACUGCAGACAGUGACAAG